CUGGGGGAACAGCCGUAUCCCCUGAGCGAGGAUGGCCAGCAGGAAGGCGAGCACCCGAGGCAAGGCCGCGGCCACCAAGCAAGCCCAACGUGGCUCCUCCAAUGUUUUCUCCAUGUUUGAGCAAGCACAGAUCCAGGAGUUCAAGGAAGCCUUUAGCUGCAUCGACCAGAACCGCGACGGCAUCAUCUGCAAGUCAGACCUGAGGGAGACCUACUCGCAGCUGGGGAAGGUGAAUGUCCCUGAUGAGGAGCUGGACGCCAUGCUGCAGGAGGGGAAGGGCCCCAUCAACUUUACUGUCUUCCUCUCGCUCUUCGGGGAGAAGCUCAACGGGACAGACCCCGAGGAAGCCAUCCUGAGUGCCUUCCGCAUGUUCGACCCCAGCGGCCAAGGGGUGGUGAACAAAGACGAGUUCACGCAGCUUCUCCUGACGCAGGCGGACAAGUUCUCCCCGGCCGAGGUGGAGCAGAUGUUUGCGCUGACACCCAUGGACCUGGCCGGCAACAUCGACUACAAGUCCCUGUGCUACAUCAUCACCCACGGCGAUGAGAAGGAGGAGUAGGGCUCAUGCUCAAUAAACAGCUGCUGAA